AAUCGCGGUAUAGGGCAUAGAAAGAUGAAGGGGGCAUCUCGUAUACCUACUCCGCUUCCUGCUGCCCAUACCCCAAAGCAGAGAACUCGUGGAAAGACACCUAUUCAAAUUAACGAUACUCCUGUUCAAAUCACCUCCCCUCCAAUAGCCCUAUCAAUGAUAACUCCUUCGAAAAAGGCCAAAAAAUAGCCUGUUAUCCCUCCGUUCGAUCCGAC